AUGACCAACGAGUCGUCUAACUUAUCGCAACGCGCCAUCCAGAGCUUGAAUAUUGCAAACCCGAUGAGGGAUGCAUUAAUGGAUGCAUGGGAUUAUAUAUUCCACCCUGUAAAUCCCGUCAUCAAUCUUGGUGUAGCUCAAAACGACCUCAUGAAUGAUGAGCUCGGUGAAAAGAUACCAGCAUCCAUUGGAUUUGAGUUGGCGGAUUUGAAUUAUGGACGUCCAGAAGGCUCCUAUCGCCUUCGACAACUUGUGGCAUCUACGAUAACACGCCAUUUCAAGCCAAUUCGAGAUGUCGAGCAAGAUCAUAUCAUUGUCACCGCUGGUGCAGGAGCAGCGAUCUUUUACCUCACCAUGGCAGUGACUGAUCCAGGUGAUAGCGUACUUGUGGUGAGCCCCUAUUAUGGCAACCUUGAUGCAGACGUCUGUUUCAAUUCACAAGUGGAUCUUGUACCAUUGUAUCUUAAUGAAAAUGGCGAUGAUUGGGAUAUGCAUGUCGAUGAUGAGGUAUUGGAACAUACUUUUGAUGAUGCUGUAAACAACAAAGGCAAGCGUAUCAAGGCGCUGUUGAUUACUAAUCCACACAACCCAUUUGGCCGGUGCUUCUCUCGAGAAGCAUUGGAAACGCUCCUUCAAUUUGCAUCAAGGCACCACUUGCAUGUAAUUUCGGAUGAAGUAUAUGGCUUAUCCACAUUUGGUGAUUUGGUGGUGCAUAGCCAUGAUGACACACACGUCCAAAAAGAGAGCUUCUUGUCAUUACUCAGCUUUCCGGACCUAGAUCAGGUGAUUGAUCCAUCACUUGUGCAUGUGGCCUAUAGCAUCUCAAAGGACUUUUGUAUGAAUGGAUUACGUAUGGGAUUUAUCAUUGAUCAGUAUAACACCGAGCUACGUAAUGUGCUAUCCACGUCUGCCAUGUUUAGCUGGACAUCAUCAAUCAAUGACCGCUUAGUAUCCAACAUACUCGAGGAUGAAGCAUGGGUGGAUCAUUUUCUCGCUACCAACAAACGUCGACUCGCUAAUGCAUACAAGGUCGCAGUAGAUGCGCUGAAGCAUCAUGGUUUAGAGUUUAUCCCUGCCAAUGCAGGUCAUUUUAUUACAGUGGAUGCGCGAAGUCUACUCAAGGAAAGGAAUAAUGGACCAUCUCCUACAAUUGAAGAUGAACGUUGGCUAUGGAAGACCUUGCUUGAUCGUGGAGUGUAUAUUGCAGCUGGUCAUGUGUUCCAUACACGCUAUCCUGGUAUAUUCAGAGUAACAUUCACUAUUGAGGAAGAAAAGCUACGAAAGGGUAUCGCCAUUCUCGCCCAAGUUUUACAAUCAGCAGCAUAA